AUGGCGUCCACAACUACCUACCGCCGUUUGCUCGUCCUCCACAACGCCUUCAUCGUCACGAUGGAUCCCGAAAGCCGCGUGUUCCGUCGCGGCGCAAUUGCCGUCGAAGGCGACACCAUCGUCGCCGUCGGCCCGUCCGAUGAGGUACUCGACAAAUUCUCCUCAGCACAGCUAGUGGAUCUCCAAUCGCAGUUCCUUCUCCCCGGUUUCGUGAACACCCACGUCCACACUUCUCAGCAGCUGGGCAGAGGUAUCGCCGACGACGUCGACUUGCUGACGUGGCUGCACCGCCGCAUUUGGCCCUACGAGUCCAAUAUGACCCCCCAUGACUCUUACAUUUCCACCUUGCUUUGCGGAAUCGAACUUAUCCACUCCGGUGUGACAUGCUUUGCGGAGGCCGGCGGGCAGCAUGUGUCCGGGAUGGCAAGGGCAGUAGAAGAACUGGGAUUGCGAGCUUGCUUGGCCGAGUCAAUUAUGGACUCUGGGGAAGGAUUGCCUGUGGCUUGGGCCAAUAGGACCGCACAACAGUGUAUUCAGUCUCAGAAGGAAUUAUAUAAGAAGCACAAUAAUAGUGCAGAAGGGCGAAUCAGGAUAUGGUUCGGAAUCAGGCAGAUCAUGAAUUCAACUGAUCUUUUACUCAAAGAAACACGAGAUGCAGCUAAAGAACUUAAAACUGGAAUCCAAAUGCAUGUUGCAGAGAUUGCCUCUGAGAAUCAACACGUUGCAAGCACCCGAGCAGUUGAUCAUGGAACUGUUGCAUAUCUUGAAAAGAUAAAGUUCCUAGAAGAUAACUUGUUGGCAGCUCAUUCUGUUUGGGUGAAUGAGGGUGAGGUUCAUUCUCUAGCAAAGGCAGGGGUUAAAGUGUCACAUUGUCCAGCUGCUGCAAUGCAUAUGCUUGGAUUUGCACCUGUUCGAGAAAUGCUUGAUGCUGGAGUAUGCGUGUCCUUGGGGACGGAUGGUGCACCGUCAAAUAACAGGAUGAGCAUAGUUGAUGAGAUGUACUUAGCAUCUCUGAUCAACAAAGGACGGGAUGCCUUCUCUAAAGGAGCUUGUGAUCCUACUGCUCUUCCUGCUGAAACAAUUCUUAAAAUGGCGACAAUUAAUGGUGCAAAAUCAGUUCUCUGGGACAAUGAAAUUGGGUCUCUAGAGAUCGGAAAAAAGGCUGACAUGAUUGUUGUGAAUCCAUCGUUGUGGUCUAUGGUCCCUCUUCACGACUGCAUUUCCAGCCUUGUGUAUUGCAUGCGAUCCGAAAAUAUUGUUUCGGUUAUGUGUGAUGGUCGAUGGAUUAUGAAGGACAAUAAGAUUCUCACAGUGGAUGAGAAGGAGGUGAUUUCAAUGGCUAAGCAGGCUUCUGCAGAACUGAUCAAGAGGGCUGGUAUCCAGAUGCCAAGUAGAAUGAAUAUCCUGUAA